GCGUGAAAGGGAGGGCGGCGCGUGCGCGCACGUCCUUCGUUCUCUCUCGCCUGCUGUGGGGAAUUGUUUUGUGAGGAAAAGAGCGGUGGACUGAAGGCAGGAGAAAGACAACGAGCGGGAAAAAAGGGGGGGCUGGGUGUGCGGGCAGCGGCAGUAGCCGCCGCCAUCAUCGCCCCCAGCAGCUCCACGGUCCCCCGUCAGCAUCGCCCCCAGCUUGGCUGUCUCUUGAGGAGGAAGGAGGAAGGAAAGCAGGAGCGAGCUGCUCCUCCUCCUCCUCUUCCUCGUCGCCGUCGGGAUGUGGCAAGGGUAACAGGAAAGGCUCCCCCACCUCUGCCGUGCAGCCCCUCCCCCCCCGCCGACUCCAGGGCUGAGGAAGGGAAGAGGGAGAAGCCGAAGUGGCCGCGCCCCGAAGGGGAGCCUGCACGGACCUCGACGCCCCGAGUAGGUUUGGUGCUCUCGACUGCCUUUGCAAGACAUGGCCUCUCUGCAAUAAAAUUCCGGAUUCUACAUUGUUACCAACAUGGGGGCUACCUUGCCAAUUUUACCCAAUUUGCAGAAUCCAAUCAUGGCAGCAAUUUUUCCCAAACUAUUAAACAGCUUUUGGGGCGUGCUGAUUAGACCUGAACAGCCAUGUUUCGGAACAGUCUCAAGAUGCUUCUUACGGGUGGGAAAUCAAACCGUAAAAACAGAUCCAGUGAUGGAGGAAGCGAGGAGCCACCAGACCGAAGACAGGCAAGCAUAGAUUACUGUCAGAGCCGUUCUGGGCAAGGUGGCAGCUCCACAGAGAACGACUGUGCUUUUGAAUCAGAGUAUGCUAUCCCAACACUCCCAGUGCCCGAAGGUGAAGCUGAGCAGGAGCUGGGCCCCCCACCAUCUGUAGAUGAGGCAGCAAAUACACUCAUGACUCGCCUGGGUUUCCUUCUGGGAGAGAAAGUCACCGAGGUGCAGGCAGGACAUCAGUACACCAUGGAAGUACAGGAGGAGAAUCAGACCUCAGCAGCAUCCCAGCGAAUAAGUCCAUGUUCCACACUGACCAGCAGUACCGCUUCACCACCUGCCAGUAGUCCCUGUUCAACCCUCCCACAAACUAGUACCAAGGAUGUUAUAGCAAAGGACUGCAGCUAUGGAGCUGUCACAAGCCCAACUUCUACUCUUGAAAGCAGAGACAGUGGCAUCAUAGCGACACUGACAAGCUAUUCUGAAAAUAUGGAUCGUGCUAAGUAUGGAGGGGAAGGCAGCAAAGAAUUAGGAUCUGGAGGAAACCUGAAGCCUUGGCAGUCACAAAAAUCCAGUAUAGAUUCUUGUUUAUAUCGAGUGGAUGAAAACAUGACGGCCUCCACAUACAGUUUAAACAAAAUCCCUGAAAGGAACCUAGAUGCAGUUUUAUCCCAAUCGGUACAAUCCAUUCCACUGUACCUUAUGCCACGGCCAAACUCUGUAGCAGCCACCAGCUCAGCCCACCUAGAAGAUUUAGCUUAUCUAGAUGAACAGCGGCAUGCUCCUCUACGAACAUCUCUCCGGAUGCCUCGACAGAGCAUGGCUGGUGCUCGCACACAACAGGACCUUAGAGUACGUUUUGCACCUUACCGACCUCCUGAUAUCUCUCUGAAACCGCUGCUCUUUGAGGUGCCCAGCAUCACCACAGAGUCGGUAUUUGUUGGCCGGGACUGGGUGUUCCAAGAGAUUGAUGUACAGUUGCAGAGUGCUGAUGCCAGCGUGAACAGAGGUGUGGUGAUUGUUGGAAAUAUUGGCUUUGGGAAGACAGCAAUCAUCUCCAGAUUGGUUGCACUGAGCUGUCAUGGAACACGCAUGAGGCAGAUUGCCUCUGACAGCCCCCAUGCAUCCCCAAAACAUGUUGAUGCAAACAGAGAGCUUCCCCUCACCCAACCACCUUCUGCUCAUUCCUCCAUCACAAGUGGGAGCUGCCCUGGAACCCCAGAAAUGCGCAGACGCCAAGAAGAAGCUAUGCGGAGGCUUGCUGCUCAGGUUGUUGCUUAUCACUACUGCCAGGCAGAUAAUGCCUACACCUGCCUUGUGCCAGAGUUUGUACACAACGUGGCAGCCCUACUCUGCCGCUGUCCCCAGUUUGUUGCAUACAGAGAGCAACUGUUGCGGGAGCCACAUUUGCAGAGCAUGCUUAGCUUACGAUCCUGUGUUCAAGAUCCUCUGGCUUCUUUCCGGAGGGGAGUUCUAGAGCCGUUGGAAAGCCUUCACAAAGAGCGGAAGAUCCCCAAUGAAGAUUUCAUCAUAUUGAUUGAUGGCUUAAAUGAAGCAGAAUUUCAUAAACCUGAUUAUGGGGAUACAAUAGUGUCGUUCCUCAGCAAAAUGAUAGGGAAAUUUCCAUCCUGGUUGAAACUGAUUGUAACAGUUAGAACAAGUUUACAGGAAAUAAUUAAGUUAUUGCCCUUCCAUAGGAUAUUCUUGGACAGACUGGAAGAGAAUGAAGCUAUAGAUCAGGAUCUCCAAGCAUAUAUCCUACACCGAAUACAUAGCAGUUCUGAAAUACAGAAUAAUAUCUCUCUUAAUGGCAAAAUGGACAACACAACCUUUGGCAAACUCAGUUCUCAUCUCAAAACCCUGAGUCAAGGAUCUUACCUGUACCUGAAGCUCACAUUUGAUCUUAUAGAGAAGGGCUAUUUGGUGUUAAAAAGUUCCAGCUAUAAAGUAGUUCCUGUCUCGCUUUCAGAGGUAUACCUACUCCAGUGCAAUAUGAAGUUCCCAACACAGUCUUCCUUUGACCGAGUGAUGCCUCUGUUGAAUGUAGCAGUGGCAUCUUUACACCCUUUGACUGAUGAGCAUAUUUUUCAGGCCAUCAAUGCAGGGAGCAUUGAAGGCACCUUGGAAUGGGAGGACUUUCAACAGAGGAUGGAGAAUCUCUCCAUGUUUCUUAUCAAACGCAGGGAUAUGACCCGGAUGUUUGUCCAUCCAUCUUUUCGAGAAUGGCUGAUCUGGAGAGAAGAAGGAGAAAAAACCAAGUUCCUUUGUGACCCUAGGAGUGGCCACACAUUGCUUGCCUUCUGGUUCUCUCGUCAAGAGGGAAAACUCAACAGACAGCAGACCAUUGAACUGGGCCAUCAUAUACUCAAAGCACAUAUUUUUAAGGGGCUGAGUAAAAAGGUUGGGGUUUCCUCUUCAAUUCUUCAAGGGCUUUGGAUUUCAUACAGUUCAGAAGGUCUUUCAAUGGCACUGGCCUCUCUGCGGAACUUGUACACCCCAAACAUAAAGGUCAGUCGGCUGCUGAUCUUGGGAGGUGCCAACAUCAAUUACAGGACUGAAGUGCUGAACAAUGCCCCAAUUCUUUGUGUUCAGUCUCAUCUUGGUUACACUGAGAUGGUAGCUUUGUUGCUGGAAUUUGGAGCAAAUGUUGAUGCAUCUUCUGAAAGUGGCCUGACAUCUCUUGGAUAUGCUGCUGCAGCUGGUUAUUUAAGCAUUGUUGCACUUUUGUGCAAGAAGCGAGCCAAGGUGGAUCACUUGGACAAGAAUGGUCAGUGUGCCCUGGUACACGCAGCUCUCAGAGGCCACUUGGAGGUUGUCAAGUUCUUGAUUCAGUGUGACUGGACAAUGGCUGGGCAACAGCAGGGAGUGUUUAAGAAGAGCCAAGCCAUCCAGCAGGCACUCAUUGCUGCUGCCAGUAUGGGAUAUACUGAGAUUGUUUCCUAUCUGCUUGAUCUCCCAGAAAAAGAUGAAGAGGAAGUAGAGCGGGCGCAAAUCAACAGCUUUGAUAGUCUUUGGGGAGAGACUGCAGCUGGUGCUAGCAGCGGAUGUGGAAAAAGUAGGGUGUGUGUGUGUGUGUAAAAUGAAUGAAUAUAAUAUACUGUAGCCCAGCCCAAUCGACGUGGGGUCGUUCCCUUGUUCAGUGCCGUUAGACAAGGCCACUGGCAGAUUGUUGAUCUCUUGCUCACCCAUGGUGCAGAUGUUAACAUGGCAGAUAAACAAGGUCGGACUCCUUUGAUGAUGGCAGCUUCAGAGGGGCAUUUGGACACAGUAGAAUUCUUACUAGCUCAAGGUUCUUCCAUUUCUCUGAUGGAUAAAGAAGGACUGACUGCCCUCAGUUGGGCAUGUCUAAAAGGGCACCUUUCAGUAGUAAGAGCUUUGGUGGAGAGUGGAGCUGCUACAGAUCAUGCAGACAAAAAUGGGCGCACUCCGCUGGAUCUAGCUGCUUUUUAUGGUGAUGCAGAGGUGGUUCAGUUCCUGGUGGAUCAUGGUGCCAUGAUUGAGCAUGUGGACUACAGUGGGAUGCGACCCCUCGACAGGGCGGUGGGUUGCCGCAAUACUUCUGUUGUAGUCACCCUCUUGAAGAAAGGAGCCAAGAUAGGUCCAGCAACCUGGGCGAUGGCCACUUCCAAGCCAGACAUCAUGGUUAUCCUGUUGAGCAAGCUGAUGGAAGAGGGGGACAUGUUUUACAAGAAAGGGAAAGUGAAGGAGGCGGCCCAGCGCUAUCAGUAUGCUCUGAAGAAAUUCCCCCGAGAGGGGUUUGGAGAGGACCUGAAAACCUUUCGGGAGCUAAAGGUGUCACUGCUUCUAAAUCUCUCUCGAUGUCGGAGGAAAAUGAAUGAUUUUGGAAUGGCGGAGGAAUUUGCUACUAAAGCACUGGAGCUGAAACCGAAAUCUUAUGAAGCUUACUAUGCAAGAGCAAGGGCCAAACGCAGCAGCAGGCAGUUUUCAGCAGCACUGGAGGACCUGAACGAGGCCAUCAAGCUUUGUCCGAACAACCGUGAGAUUCAGCGGCUGCUGAUGCGGGUAGAAGAAGAGUGCAGGCAGACACAGGCACAACUACAGCAGCAACCACCUCUUGUAGUACCUGAACCUGAACCACAGCAUGAAGAGUUGUAUGCAGUGCAAGAUAUCUUGGAAGAGGAGUAUCUUGAACAAGAUGUAGAAAAUAUUUCUGUUGGUUUGCAGACAGAGUCACGGCCCAGCCAAGCACUGUCUGUCAUUCAGAGCCCUCCCUCUUCCCCCGCCCACCGUGAAUCUACCUACAUCUCCAGCUCACCACUUGGUUCACAUCAGGUGUUUGACUUCAGGUCCAACACUUCUGUGGGAUCACCAACGAGGCAGGGGUAUCAGCCCACCUCUCCAGCACUCUCCCCAACACACCAGAACUCUCAUUAUAGGCCUAGCCCACCACACACAUCUCCUGCUCACCAGGCUUCCUCUUACCGUUUUAGCCCACCUCCAGUUAGUAGCCAAGGGAAAGAAUAUCAAAGUCCGCCCCCUUCACCUCUUCGUAGAGGUCCUCAAUACCGAGCCAGCCCUCCUGCAGAUAGCAUGAGUGUCUACAGAGCUCAGUCAGGCUCACCAGUACGAUAUCAACAGGAACCAAGCAUCAGUCAGCUUCCCAGUCGGCCAAAGUCUCCACUCUCUAAAAUGACACAAAGGUCUUUCCAAAUGCUUCCACUACCUGUUGCAGUUCCUCAACAAGGACUGAGGCUGCAGCCUGCCAAGGCACAGAUUGUCCGAAGCAAUCAGCCAAGUUCAGCUGUUCACUGCAGUACUGUGAUACCCACAGGCACUUACGGCCAGGUUACUCACUCAUCGGCCAACAAAUACCAGUCUGCAUCAGCAGAAGUGGCUGUUGGCCAAAGUCGGCUGGUUUACCAGAGCUCCAUUGGAGGAAUAGUGGGGGAGGGCAGGCCAGUGCAGCAUGUUCAGGCCAGCCUAAGUGCAGGGGCCAUCUGCCAGCAUGGAGGACUAGCUAAAGAGGAUCUUCCACAGAGGCCUUCCUCUGCCUACCGUGGUGGGAUGAGAUACAGUCAAACCCCACAGAUUGGCCGUAGCCAGUCAGCUUCCUAUUAUCCAGUCUGUCAUACCAAGCUUGACCUGGAACGUUCCUCCCUACCUUCCACUCAGCUUGGUUCCCCUGACAUCUCUCACUUGAUACGAAGGCCCAUGACAGUAAACCCCAGUGAAAUAAAACCUCAUCCACCAACUCCAAGGCCUUUACUUCAUUCACAAAGUGUUGGCCUCAGAUUUUCCCCUUCUAGCAAUAGUAUCUCCUCCACCACCAAUGUGAACCCUCCUUUCCGCCCUUCUUCUUCUAUUCAGCAGAUGGAAAUUCCCCUUAAGCCAGCUUAUGAUAGAUCAUGUGAUGAGCUUUCCCCAGUCUCUCCAACACAGGGUGGAUACCCCAGCGAGCCUGCCCGCUCCAGGACCACACCUUUCAUGGGCAUCAUCGAUAAAACUGCCCGGACUCAACAGUAUCCCCAUCUGCACCAACAGAACAGAACCUGGGCUGUGUCUUCAGUGGAUACUGUUAUAAGUCCCACUUCUCCUGGAAAUCUUCCCCAGCAAGAAACAUUCAGUCCACCUUCCUCUAUCAGCAGCAUUGCCUUUUAUAACAAAACCAACAAUGCACAGAAUGGACAUUUGCUGGAAGAAGACUACUACAGCCCACAUGGGAUGUUAGCCAAUGGCUCCCGAGGAGACCUUCUGGAGAGAGUUAGCCAAACGUCUUCAUAUCCCGAUGUUAAGGUGGCUAGGACACUGCCUGUUGCACAGGCGUAUCAGGACAACCUCUAUAGGCAACUGUCUAGGGACUCCAGGCAAGGACAGACAUCCCCUAUCAAACCAAAGAGACCAUUUGUGGAGUCUAAUGUGUGAAAUGGAUGUGUCUUGGAGUAAAAGCCUUGUGUUUUCAGCACACUUUUCCCGGCUGAAUUCUCAUAUUCUGUUGCUGUUUCUUCCUUUCUUUUUAAGAUUUUCAUUCAAGAGCAGACUGCCAACCAGGGGUUUUCUUGUGCUUUCUGUGUGAUGAUGAGGCAGUCCAAGACAUCCUCAAAACCCUUUACUACACAUAGUUGACCUCAGAUAAAGCCAGCACUGUCAGUGUUUUCAGUGGUUAAUUAGGCAAUGUUCAUAUACAGUAUUGGGGUUAACCCAGACAAAUUCUAUAUACACUCAAGGGAGGUAACCAGCUCUUUGAAGAAAAAUUGUAAUUAAAAAAAACUAAUUUUAAUAGUCUUUAAAAUUUCCUCCAAAGUACUGAGCCUUUUUGGUUGAAAACUGCACUCUUCUGUCAGCCCAAUGCUGUCCAUAUUGUUUCAUUGUGUCCAAAGAGCUUGUUAACCUGCACCAAAUGGAGCUUUGUUUUGUUUUUAAUAUUAAUGAGGAGCUAUGCAUAAAACCCAUCUUGCUUAUCUGAUACAAUUGGACUAUACACUAAUAUUAAAAAUGCAUUAUUGUGAAUUUUAACAUCUUUGCCUGCUAGUCUGUUGGUAUAGACUUUCAUGGGUAAUGUUGGUUUGGAAAGCAUAUUUCAAAUGAUAAUGCUUUGAUUUUCUCCGAGAUAUUUGAACAAAUAUUCAGAGACAAAUCAGUGUUCUCUCCUCUUUAGCCAAUCAGCAGGUGGCCACCUCGGUCCAGAUGUUACUUUUCCAGUAAGUUGUCCUCCACAUGGAAUGGCAUCUUGCUGAGUAACUCUUCAGGUAGUGGUCCGAUAUAAACAAUGUUUAUUAAAAUUUGUAUGUCUAUCCCACUGCUUUAAAGCAAUCUUGCUCAGCCUAGGCUUCUUAGAUAUUAGACUACAAUUCCCAUGAUUCCUGGUGCUACAUGGAGAUAUUGGAAACAUAGUCCAUUAUCUGGAAAUCUGAGAGAGAGAGUUUGCCUGGAGAAAAGGACCUGAAUUUGAACAGGCAUUCCUAUAGUAGCAAUUAAUGCACUCACUCUAGAUUCAGUAUUAGUGCUCUUCUAGCAGUAGGUUCCUGGAGUAGAAAUGCUUCGAGUUAGCAGGGCAUUGCUUUCCUGCAGACAUUUUUUGAGUGAAACACUUUGUUCCACUGCUCUUCUCUGGUUAUGGCACAUUAUAAUUUGGAUUAUCUAAAUUAAUUUGAAAAUGCAAUUUAAGGAAUAUGGCUUUGGUGUCGAGGAGGUUGGAUUGCUUUUCCAGCCCAAAUAUAGAAGGCAGAGCAGAUUAUUAAGGAAUGCUGAGAAAAUACCACACUUUGACAAAAAAAAAGGGGGCAAUGGGAAAUCUGAAAGCAAGAGAGAUGCCUGGGUACCAGGGGCUUUAUACAAAUGAGUCUCAAUCCAUGCUGCUGUAUGUCAGCUCAGGAAGGUUUGAGUUGAUAACCCCUAAGUAAAUGUGGAAUGAUUAAUCUGUCAGUGUAAGCCCCGAGAAUAUUGAAGCUAGAGAAACAAAACAUCCUCAUAACCUUAAAGAUGGCAGAAACUCAAAACAACACAAAUCACUUGGUGCACUUUCUGCAUUUUUAUAAAAACCAAGGUUCAAACUUACUUAAAUGCUUUCUGUAAAUUAAACAAAGUGGGAGAGUUACUCCAAACCAUGGCUGCAGAUGAACUUGACUGCUCAUUUCUUGCCCACCCCCCACCCCCGAAAUGACAGAUUUCCAUUUUCAUUUUGCCAAGAUUUAUGAAAAGGCACUGAAGUACACAUUAUUUAUUUUCACUACAUACCUACUUUUCAAAAUAUUUGUAUUGUCACCAUGAGCUCCCCUGUACUAACAGUGACAUAAAAGUAAAAAGGUAUUUUAAGCUAUUCAAAUUUCUAAUAAAAAGAUAUUACCAUCAAGCUGCAGGGAGUACACCUUCAAAAUGAGGUUGGUAGGUUCCACACCCUUGGAGUGUUAUAGGUAGUUCCUUCUUUAAAGUCCUGGAUCUCAGAAAAAGUUAGGUUAAUGUAGCAGUUUCAGGAAAUUUUAGUUAAUUCAUUCUUGUCACAAUUACAAUACAAAUGCUAAAGAUUUUUACCAAUUGUUUGGCCUUUUAAUUAGAAACACUUUCUGCAUUUUUUCUAGUUCUUGGUUGCAUUCUAAAAUCUGUUUGCUGUAGUAGCAAACAAGACAAUGUGGGAAAGAAGUGGCAUCAUUCUGCUAAGAUCAUGCUUGUGUCCAACAAAUACAAAACUCUGUACUGUAGGUUCUUUUCAAGGAGUGAACGUUUCAGUACUAUUUUAACUUACACACUGAAAGGGACAGUGUGAUGCUCAUGGUGGAGCAGGGGGAGAAAAACAGGGCAGAGGUUUUACAGAUAACCCAAGAUAUAAAGAGGGUGCAUAUUUCUAUAUUUCCUUCCCUUUAUCAUCAGGAUAGAUUAAAGCCAGUCUCUCAUCUCACCAUACGUAUUUCUUUUACAUCCUAGGGAAGGUGGGUUUUUUUUUAACAAAACGGUCCAGAAUUGUUUUGUGUGAUAUGAAGGGAUCCUUCUUAAAAUUUAUUUUUGAAAUGUUUUCUGUUUUAUGAAGACCAUUUUAAACUCUCUAAAACUGGAAUAACUAUCAAAUAGGAAUACGUUUCUGUAUAGUUAUCAGUUAUUUCUUUCUUAACACAAGGUUAGGGAAUGCUUGCAUCAAACAGAAACUAAUACUUUUUUUUACACCAGACAGUGGAAGGUCAAAAUAACUGGUUCUGCAUUUGGGCUAUAAAUAGAAGAUAUUUUUACCAUUUAUUUCAUACAGUUGGGAGUGCACUGAGAUAUUGCAUUAUUCUAUCUAUUCUGAUCAAACAAUUGGGGAAAAUAACCAAAAUUAGCCUUCUCCAUCACAUGGAAAGUGAGGAGCAAUGCUGCUGUCAUGCCAAUAUUUCUGCAGUUUGAAAAUUUGAAUCUUCUUGAUGACACAAUGCUUUUAGUGUUGAAUCAGGCUGCUUUGCUGUGCUCUUCACUGCCAUUGGGUUCCCAGUACUGUACCUGUUUAUAUUAAGCAGUUAGUAAAACAAGUGGCAUGCACGUCCAAAACAAGAUCUUAAUAUUGCCAUUGUGCAGGGUGUUCUCUCCCCCAACAGUACUGUGUUGUGAUUUCAUAGGAUUCUUGCACUGAUGGGUUUGCCACCUGCUCUUCUCUGUAAAUGGGGUGCACUUUACAGUGGCAUUUGUUACAAUGAUAAAUACUGGUUAUUUAAGCGUGAUUGGUGUCUUCAUUAGAAAUACAACAGAACAGCUCUUGUCUUUCAGUGUAUUUUUUUAAAAAAACAAUGAUUCAAAUAUAUAGCACAAGUAUUAGCUGUUGUAUAUAGGCAUCAAAAGGUAAUUUUUUACAAUACAGAGAGAAAUAUUUGCUGUUACUUACCAAAUUGCUCUCCCAGCAAUUCUCUUUAGGGGCACCUGAGACUUAAGUGUUGCUGCUUUUAGUUACCAAGUAACACAUACAGGUCAGACAAAAUAAGUGGGCUUUUUGUUGGUUUCCUGGUGUCUGUUAGAAUUUAGCAGGAGGCAAUUCCUUCUAUAUUUUCCCACAGCUUAAAUCUUGGUUUUUCAUUGUGUUCUCUCCUGUAAAAUAAUAAGUUAAGAGCACAAAGUAAUUGCGUUCACUGUUCUCCUUGGAGCUUAAAUGCCUUUUCCAGUGAGCUGCUCCUACUCAGGAAAGUGUGACAGAAUGGCUAAUACUACGGCCCUGAGGUGUUACAUAUGAGUUUGUGCACUAAAUUCAGUGUCAGACCUAAUUACAGUAGGUCCUUUUAAAUUAAUAGGACUUGUUUUAGGUGGGACUAACAUUGGAUUUUAUUGUUAUGUCAGCAUCUGCCCAUUCAUCGCCACAGUUUCAUCUAAAUUAGAGUUUCAGAAAUUUCUUUACCUACAAAGUCAAAUGCACCAAAUCAGCUUCCUACAACAAUAUUUCUACUUUGAAUGUGUAUUUUACUGAAACCUACCAUGCAAGGUUAUUUUGAUACUAUAGAUAACCUAUAUUGGCUCACUGGAAAUGAAACCAGAAUUUGUAUGUGGCUGCUGGCUUAUGGGGAAUCAUAGCUCUUGAAGCUGCAACAGUUGGUUCUGAGAAUCAAAUAAAGCCUAACCAGCCACAGAACUGCACAAGAGAGUUAAUUAUUUCUCUCAGUGCCAAAGUUUAACAAAAAUCAUCUCCAAAGGUAUAUGUGAAAGCUUCCCCUGAAAUGCAAAUAGCAGCUUCAGAGUAGUGGUUUCUGUGGGACCAUGGCAGUGAAACAAAUUUAGAGUACCCCUGCAUACUCUCUGUGCUCCCCCAUGACUUUUUACAUAUUAAAAAAAGUUUAAAUGUAACUACAUUUGUACAAGUGAUACCACUUUUAAUUUGACUCAAGUCUACUCCUUCAAGAUUUAGCCACAUUGGUGCCUAGAAAUUUGAUGACAGUACCAAGGAUUCUGAAAUAAUUAGUCUAAGCUAAGCUACUAAAAAUAUGCUACCAGAUCCUAAAAAUGGGACAGAUCUGAAUACAUUUCAGCUUGGCUUGGCUUCAGGGGAGAUAGCUGACAGCUUUGUGCAUGACUUUCAUGCUGUUUGUAGCAAAUGUUCUUACAGGAUAAGAGUUCCUUUAAGAUUCAUAUUCAAAACGUAAGAAUUGUACAGUAUAGGAGAUACACCUUCCUUGCUAGUUUCGAAGAGGCAAAGGCCGUCCACAGAUUGCAAAUCAUUUGAGAGAAGAACAUUUAUUUCAAAUGCAAAGCCUUUAGGGUUCUUUCAUGCAUUUAUUUUUAUAAGCAUUAGAGAAUGGACAUGAGAGGAAAGGAACAAGCCUGCACAUAUUCUGAGAACCCAAGUCACUAGUAUUGCCUUGGGCAGUGGUUAACAAAUUGCUACUAUUCCAGAUCCAUCCAGAAAGUCAUCUAAUAAAAACCGAAGUGCCAGCUUCUCUGCGCCUUACAUAAAGAAACAAACAUCACUGCGUGCCUAGAAAUUCUUCUUCUCUGUUUAAUAUGACCCCUUCCAAACCUUUGGAUGGAAGGCUGCAUUUCCUCUCCCACCCCAUCCCACCCCACCCAUAGUUAAAUAACAAAGAAUUUCAGGAACUUCACCUUACCAGAGUUCAGCUGUAAAAGGGCUUAGAGGGGGCAAGAUUCUAACACACCUCCUUUGACAUGUUGUAUGCCUUCACUAAAUUUAUGGUUGCUAUCAAAAGGGAAGGAGAAACUUGGGGCACAAGCACAAAGGGGUGGAAAAUCUGAACUGCCCCUCUCCAGAAGUACUUGAAUACUAUUGCUGGAUAAUUAUUUCUCCCCCAACAAAAACAAAAAUAUACUAAGGGCUGAACUUAAAUAGCAGGCUAUUUUGUGUGCAGUUGUUGAUGGUGGCAGAAUUAUUCUCGAGAACCUCAAUUUAGUAUUGCCAAAUUAUUAUACCAGACUAGACUUUUCACUACAAGUGAAUCCCUUCAAUCCUUUCCUUCUUGGCAAUCACAUUGAGUUGCUCUCAUAACCACUUUCUCAUUAGAGAGGCAGACACUACUGGCCAUGGGCUGUUUCUGUGUUCUUUAAUUUGAGUGUACCCAUGAGAGACUACUGGGGAAAUAGGAGAUUUUGUAUUUUUAAAUUUGCUUAGAAGUGAAACAGGAUGCUUUUCUGUGUGGGCUGCCGGGCUGCCAUCCUACUGGGUCAUGAGAGAGGUGGGGCAGUUCAGUUUGGUUCUGCCUGGGCAACCAACAGAUCCUGAAUUGGAUCCAGAUUUAGUUGUACUUGGACUAGAGCCAUCAGAAUCAAUGGGCCAAUUAAGUUACGAUUUAGUGACACCAAUAUCCUACUCACUUAUUGAAAGGGCAAUUGUGCAAAUAUUCCACCUGCUCCUGCAGGCUCCCUAUCAUGUAUCUGGUCUCAUACUGGUUGCAAAAUCAGAUAUGUGAUAGGGAGAUUGCCAGAGUGGAGAUUACAUGAUAGCUCUUCUGUUUCUCAUUUGUUGAAUGGGAUACUGGCUAUAUUAACUAUAUUAAGUAUGACUAAAUCUGGAUUCAGUCCCCUGAUGCCACGUCCUACACAUACCCAUUCUUAUUUACCAGUACUAACAUUUCUACAGAAUGCAGGGCACUGAUCUAUAUAGGUUUAGGAUUUGGGCUAGUUUUGGAGAGAAGAUGAAUGUUUUGCUAUUCUUAACGCACCAAUCAAAUGUUUCCCAUUCCAGUGGUGUUUUUUCACUGAAUUUUCUUCCCUUUUAGCAUUGCAGCAUUUUGCCUGCCUUGUCUGCCUCUGUACAGUAACACAGCACUCCUUUGUAUUAAAACUUUUCUGGUUUGCCAUCCUUCAAGACACUUGCUGGGAAGACAACUGAGUUAUUUUUUCCUUUUAGCUUUUCUAUAAUUCUGAUGUAAAGGAUUUUCUCUGUACAGUAUAAUAAUACUCAAUUGCAUGUUCUGUUCUCUUACUGAUAUUGAGUCACCACACAGUUAAUGAUCUUUUGCAGCAGGGCAGCCGCACAAAUCCCUGCGCUUGGCUAAGGCAUUUGGCCAACCGUGUAUAAAGGAAAGAAAAGUGUUUCUUUCCCUUCACUGUACUUGCUUGAGCAGAGUUUUAUUGUCUGUACAUGUGAGCUGUGAGAUAGACGUGGAAAAAGUUCAAAAAGAAUGCAUUCUCCCCCACCACUCCCUAAUGUAUACAGAUUGUAACCUGUACAAUGAACUGUAUGUAUGAAAAAAUGUACUUAUUUAUAAAUGGUUAACACUUGGAAA